UGGAUGACAGCAGAACUAUUGCCAAAUCAUCAUUUAAUUUAUUCAUGUGGGUGUCAAAUAAAUUCAAAUGUAUUGAUUGUUGUCAUCUUUUUGUAGUUCAUUUUUCAUAAAAUGGGCUCAUCAUCAAUCGAAUCGAUUGAUUCACAAAUCAACAAAAUUGAAUCCAUUCUUAAUGGAAUAAUCACCGACAAUCUUGAUAAAGAAUUUUUACAAGUAGAUUAUACGCUCAGACAACAAAACGAUGAAUCAAUUGCUCGUGGAAUCGAUCCUAAAGUUUCCAAUGAAUUUGGACCCAAAAUCGGCUUGAAUGUAACUUUUAUUGUCACGGCGAUCAUUUUCAAUGAACAACAAGAAGUACUUAUGAUACAAGAGGCUAGGUCGGCAUGUGCUGGCAGUUGGUACCUACCUGCUGGUCGUGUCCAACCUACAGAACUACUUGAAACUGCCAUUGAACGUGCCGUAUUAGCCGAAUCUGGUCUUUGUUUCGAGCCUAUUUCCAUUAUAAAAGUGGAAUCGUCGCAUGGCAAUUGGUUUCGUUUUGUGUACACAGGACGAAUCACUGGUGGUCAGUUAAAAACUGCUUCAAAAGCGGAUGAACAAUCACUUCAAGCUUGCUAUGUGAAUGAUGUUGAUAAUCUAGCAUUGCGAUCUCGAGAUUGUCUACCUUUGAUUGAAUUUGCCCGUGACUAUUAUCGUAAUGGACAAUCAUGGCAUUUGCCGCAAUUGAUUUGCAAACGUUAUGUUCCCAAUCUAUAUUUGCGAUUGGUAGUAGCAGUCUGGGACCAAAAAAUAAACAAACAUCGAGUAAUCAUUGCCCAUUCAUUGUCACCACAUUUACCCAUUUGUCAACUUAAUCCCACUCGAAGUGUACAUUCUACGCUAAAACGCUUCAUGCAGUAUAUAUUCGGUGGAAAUGAUGGCAUUUCGAACAGUUCAUUAGUUCCACCGCAUAAACCAGUUGGAUUAAUUGCUAUCGAGCAUGAUAUUGCUAAUCAUAGUGAUCAAUAUGAUGGUCUAUGUCUAACGUUGUUAGUUCAUUGUAAACAUCCGGAUUCACCUCUACACAAUGCAUUUACAUGGACUACUUUAAGCAAUACCGGUGAACUACUUUUAGCUGAAAAAUUAUCCUCUCGACACAAAACCAUAGCCCAUUCUGUACUUUGAAGCUACAUUGAUCGAUAUUGUAUAAUGAAAUAAUAAUUAAAACAGGGAUGCAUAAUUAAUAAUCAAUAAUUUAU